UUCAUGAAUCCCAGAGCUUCAAUAAACAGAUCCUCUUUCACUAAAAACUUCAUCGACAAUCACGGAAGGAACACGCGCUUGCGCAACAACAGCAUCGCCUUCCUAGAAACUAAUCCUGCAGGCUACAUGGACAUUCCUCCCAAAAGACGAAAGACGUACCCGGGAUUGUCAUAUCAAAUGAGUCAAGCCAGAGAGAGCAUUCCCUCAUACAGAGAGUCGUUUUCCUCUGGCACACUGUCGUCAUUUUUCACUCAGUCGCUUCCCUCUCAGGCAGAGAGGAUGGGCAGAUUUUAUGAAGAAGACGAAAGACUUCGUCCGCUUGGGAGCCGCAAAUCUUCCUGUAGCAGCAGCUAUAGACCAAGCUCCAGCUCCACAACAGGUCCAGACUCUUGUAUUCCCAAGUUUAAAGAUUUCCGCUCAACAAAGAACCCCUUCUAUCCAUCCAGGUCUGAUGAGAGUCCAGAAGAAGUCUUCUGUAGAGGCCAACGAUAUCAUGGGCCAGCAGAGCUUCAGCCGAGUUCUGGUUUGAUGAUCGUUGAUGAUGUGGAUCAAGAUGGUGCGCCUGAGCUGAAUGAAGUCAAUGAAAGUGGCUUUGACGAGGACAUGCUGGAGCUGGAUGAGUCCAUUUCUCCAGGUGACACUAUGGAGAGACAUCAAAGGGAGCUUCUUAUCCAUGUCAUCCCACCUUCCUUGUGCAACUCUGAGGAACAAAUUGAUGAAGGAUUACCCAACAGUGACAAGCAUAACACAUGUGACAGAGACGAAGCCGACGCUCCGAAGAAACGAAGAGGUUCGGUAAUGACAAUAAUCACUGGGCACUGUGAGCAGAGAUUUCUGCAGGGCAACCAUGUCUUCUCAUUUGAUGAGGAGCAUCAGACUGAUGCUUUGAGCCCUACUGCGUCUCCCAUAGAGGACCUUGCCUGCGUCAGAGAAGCGGUGGAGGAGCUCCAGGAUUUCUCACAAGCAAGAAAAAACACAACUUCUGCAAAUAGUAUACUAAACUUACAUAUGGACACAUCCUCUCAACAGUCUGGAGAAGUGCGACCAAAUAAAGCCCUGGAUAAAACGAGCACAGAUGUCUAUAGGACAACCAAACUUUAUAAAAAUGACUUGCCUGAAAAGCAAAGUGCCUCAAAAAAUUCAUUAGAGGUCAAAGAGCACCUCAGGCCUCCAACAGACUCCAUUCAUAAAGAUUCAGAGGAGCAUUCAGACCACUGGGCAAGGAGACGCAAGCUCUUCAAGGAGAGCAAACAGCGCAGUUCUGCAGGAGGAAGCUCUAUUACUAGCAAUAUCACAGAGGAAUCAGACACAAUGAACUCUGAGGACACUCGUUCAGUGGACAUGUCAACGCGGGAUAUCGAGGACAGAGGAUUUUACACAGAAACCUUUCACUCAGUAUCAUGGAUCUACCAUGGAGAUGAAGUUAACCAGGAUGCAAGUGCACACUGUCUCAGCAGCUGUACUCGACCAGCAGCAAUUCGUGAGCGGACGGUGAAAAUCAGCAAAGGCAUGGGCGAGUAUCCCUGGGGCUUCAGGAUUCAGUUCUCCAAACCCAUCGUGGUCACUGAGGUGGACACAAAUGGAGCAGCGGAGGAGGCAGGUCUGCAGGUUGGAGACUAUGUGCUGGCGGUCAACAGCACCGAUGUGACGAUGGUGCCACACUCAGAAGCGGCAGACCUCGCACGACAAGGCCCAGAUAUUUUAACUCUGACCAUUGGCUCGGACAUCAGUCGAAUGCCGAACACUCCUCGACCGGCGUGCAGGGGUUACUUGCAUAAGAGGACUCAGUCCAGUUUGCUGAAAGGCUGGAGAAAGAGAUGGUUUGUGCUCAGACAAGACUGCUGCCUCUAUUACUACAGAAACAAGCGUGAUGAAGGGAAGAGCCGAGCUCAGUCUGUGGUGAGUCUGGAAGGAGCUGUGGUGGAGGCCGACUGCAGUUUAGGAAAGCCGUUUGUGUUCAGAUGCUGCCCUGUGUCUGGGAACCGAGUUUACUACCUGUGUGCCACAUCAAACCAAGAGAUGAAGAGGUGGCUGGAGGCUAUGGGUAGAGCAGUUCAUCCUAUUACACAGGAUCACGUGUGGGUGGAUGUGACUCGACACAACUCAAACCUGCCCCCCCUGGCAGUCAAGAACCCAGAAUGCCUUGGGUUACUGCACCAGCUGGACAGGAGCAAGGACUCAUGGGUACAGCACUACUGUCUGUUGAAAGACGGAUGCCUCUACUUCUACGCCAGCAUUCGGUCGACCUGCGCAAUAGGAGGAAUAUAUCUGCAUGGCUACACAGUGAGAGAUCAGCCGAUGGGAUCCAGAAGAUCUGCUAUUGAGCUCAGACCUCCGUCUGAAGAUUUUCAAGUGUUCUACCUAAGCGCAGAGAAUGCAAAUGAGAACAAACGAUGGAUUAGUGCAAUAAAAUCAUCUACAGGAAAAUGGCUGCCAUUGCAUCAGGCAAUUCAGAACUACAUGAGCCGCCCAUCCGAGGAAACAAGAAUGUGAACAAGACUGACUACAGGACAGGCGUUCCUCAACAAGCAUGACCGUGUUCAAACCAUAGCAUGAGGAUCUCCUAAUUUUCUCUUAAAAU